AUGCUCAAUUUGAACAUAACUUUAUUGUUUUUGGCUUAUGGACCUACUGGGCCUCUUACCUAUGCAGUUUUCUUUGUCAGUUUGUUGACAUAUCUUACGACACUUUUUGCUAAUUUAUUGUUGAUGCUGGUGAUCUACCUUGACACAAGUCUUCACAAACCUAUGUACAUAUUUUUGUUCAAUCUGGCAUUGAAUGGACUUAUUGGAAGCUCAGCAGUCCUGCCUACCAUCAUGAACAACCUUCUUGAUAAUAUGAAAGUAAUUUUCUUUGACAGCUGUUUGUUUCAAGUGUUCUGUGUCAAUAUUUAUGGAGCAUGUGCAUAUUUAAUAUUAAUGCUUAUGGCAUAUGAUAGGUAUGUUGCUAUUUGUAAACCACUGCAGUAUCACACCAUAAUGACAGCAACCAAAGUUAGGUUGCUUUUAGGCUUAGUCUAUAUUUUUCCAAUUUGCUUUGUAGGUACACAAGUAUACCUUACUUCAAAGAUGCCUUUGUGUAGGUACACUAUAAGCAAGCUGUUUUGUGAUAACUUGGCAGUUGUCAGCCUCUCCUGUGUCAAGAAUGUAUUUGGGGACCUGUUUGGCUUGGCUUUGGUAGUUAUGUUUGUUGUUUUUCCUUUGUUAUUUGUGAUAAUAUCAUAUGUAAAAAUAUUACUUGUUAGUAUGAAAGCAUCAGCAAAUGCCAAAAAGAAGGCUUUAAAAACCUGCCUCCCACAUUUAAUCACAUUUAUUAAUUUCUCAUCAGCCACUCUUUUUUCUGUAAUAUAUAAUCGAUUAAAUGAUUAUCUUCAAAAAGAGCUUAAUGUUUUUAUAUCUGUACAUUUUAUUCUGAUUCCACCACUCCUGCAUCCAAUUAUAUAUGGAAUCAAAACUGAAAAGAUUAGUCAAAGUUUCAUAAAACUUAUGCAUAAAAGGGUUUUUGCACUUGAUAUACAUUUUCAAUCCGUAAAGACCAUUUAA